AUGGACGACAUUCAACCCACCGCGCGAUGGGCGAACCGCAUGCUGCGCCCUUUGACCUCCAUAUACCGUCGACUCGAGAAACACCAUGAAACACUGGCGAUCAUCGCGGCCGAGUCAAGGAGAAAUGAUCCGAGCGAGGAUACCAAUACGCAUGCGCAGGAAAUCGCCGGACCUGUUCGUACCAGAGACAGCUUCUCCGACUCGGACGCGGAUGAGGACGAUCCAGUUUGGAUACCCGGGAGGAAGCCCGAGCAGCGGCGUAACAGGCAUAAUUAUUCGGGCCGAGGACAAGGAAGGGGAGGGAGGAAACGCAUCAGAUUGUCAAUUCACAGCCCGGAAGCCCCUCGGACGUUACCGGGCGCGAUCGAGCUCACAACGCCUGUUAUUACCGGCAAGCGAUGGGAGAUCCCGUCAAGCGUUCGAUCCCAAUCGUCGGUUGGCCGGCGAAAGACAACGAACCCAUCAGAACAGCGACAAGCUUUUCGUGACCGAUAUCCGCUGCACAAGAGUCCAUGGCAGACGCUUCUCGACCAUUCAGACGACUCGGGGUUUGCCAACAUAGCCCACAACCUCGACCGCGUUUUUCAGAAUUUCCUUUGCAACACGCGGAUCAUUAAGCGCGAUACGAAUGGCAUAUCCGCCAAACCUGAGCGCGGUGCACGUUCCUUGCUCUCUAUGGUCGCGCGCAGCCUGCCGGAGUUUAUUGCAAGCGAGCAGGAGGCACAGAACGAUAUGGAGAAGGAUGGCGACGAAGAUAUGUGCGAUGCCUACUUUACGGAACUGGAGUCAUUCUACGCACCCCACAGCAGAGGCUGGAAGCCUCUCCGCGAGGCGGUUCGUGCCCAGGGCAUUUACUUGGUAUCUACCAUGAUCCAGAACAAAUGGGUGACGGAUCCCAUCGCAUGUGCACUGAUUGAAAAGUGCGGAUAUCAUGAAUUAGACGCGUAUGAAUCACUCCUCUCAACGUUCCUCUCGACGCGCACAAGCUACCCUUGCCCUCUAGCUCUCAAUCCCGUCACGGAGUCGUGCAUCGGGGACCCUGUUCUAUUAUUGAGAAAGUACACCCACUAUGGGCCAGCCAGCCGGUCCUUUAUCUUUAACGAACUUUCCACGCUGCUUAUACGUGGCGCGCUGCCUCCAGAAUGGAUGGCGACCAAACAUUGGACCAGUUGGAUGACCCGUGCCACCAUAUCAUUUUCUAGAGGUGAUAAUGACUGCGCUGCCGCUUCACGGUUGAUCGAGGCUGUACUGGCUUCCGCCAGCGAUAUCCGUCCGGUUACCGAGGCACCAAAGCCUAGAAGAGGACAUCCAGUCAAGCGCCGCGAUGCUCGUAGAAGAGCGACUCGAGCUUCUUUCGGAGCACCGACGGGCAAACCUAACAUUUCCCGACCUUGUCCCAUGCUGGUUAAAGAUGCACUGAGCAACCACAUCACAAGUCUCUUGGCGGCAUUAUGUGGUAUGCAUAUCUCACGGUCCCGCGACACGGAGGAUAUGGAGAUCUUUAACGGGACAAAAGCGGGCCACAUCAUCAAUUAUCUUUCAUUUACACUGGUGCAAGACAUGGAAUCGAGGCCAAUCUCUCACAUUACCAACCUCACAUCGCAUCAAUUGUUUAGACGUGGGUGCGUCUUGUUGGCAACUUGUCUUUUGCAGUGUAACGAUGCGGCUUUAGUGGGCGACAGCCAAUGUGUGAUGGCGUCAAGCCCCAGACUCGAAAAGUAUUGCGAGAUUUUGGCAUCGCGCGCCGACUUGAUGAAGGAACUGGCACUAUUUGUCCGGCAGGCUUUCCGAUGCUUUCGAAGUGCCACGGACAACGAACAUCUCCACACGGCCCAAGAGAUUCACCGCAUUAUCUCGCAGUUCCCUCGCUUGGCAGGUGCGUCGUGUCUAUCUGCGCUGCUUAGUCAAAUUGCCAUUGAGGCCGCCAUGGGAUUUGCAGAGGGCACCGGGGAACCGGGUGAUCAUUUGUGGGCACUUGAGAUUCAAGAGACAGUCAUCGCGCUACAGAAUGGGAAGGAGCCAAGUCCGGAAGCUACGAGUGAACUAGAGGAACAGGGGCAGCGCAGAGGGUUCCGGUGGGAAGAAAGCAUUGGAGAAUGGGUUGCCCGUACACCGGCAGCCAAAGUGAACCCAGUGCCUAGUGUGUUCGUCAGAAGACGAAUAUCCACGACUGUACUACCUACGCCCUGGAUCUUCUGCUCCACGGAUAGCAGCUCUCCCGAGUCGGAUCGAUUCGAAGCACCCGCCUCGAGUUUGACCUCAUCACCCUCAUCUAUUGGGACCGAUGGGACGAACCGGGAAUUUGAGGAAAUCGACUCAUCGCCUCUACGCCCGGCUAAACGUCGGCGGCCUGCUCGCGAGGUCGUGAUUGAAAAUUCAGAAGACAGACGGUGUGGAUCCACGUCCUCUAGCCUUGAUAUCAAAUCUCCCUCUUUGGAACCCGUGCCUCCGCGGCGUCGCAUUCUGCGGGAGAUGUUGAAUCACAACACCGCUAGCCAACCUGCUCUCAGCACAAAGCCUGCAUCCAAGAUCGAGGUGGUCAUUUUCAACAGGAAACAGGCCCGCACAAGCGAAGAAACUGCGCAUCCCUCUUCAGGAUCCGAUGAGAAACACGGCCAUCGUGCGGUAGAGCGACGAAGGCCUGGGCGACCUCGAAUUUCAGACAUCCCCACUGUGGCUGUCCGGUCUGCCUCUCAGCGAAGGUUCAUCAUUCCUUGUUCGGAGGAUGGCAGCGACGACGAGCUAAGCUUCAUGUAG